AUGAAUGACAAUGGACAGCGACUACUUGAACUUUGUACCUACCACAACUUGUGUGUCACCAACUCUUUCUUCAGGACCAAACCCCAACACAAGGUCUCGUGGCGACAUCCACGCUCAAAACACUGGCACCAACUGGACCUCAUCCUUGUCAGGAGAGCUGCCCUCAAGAACGUCCUCCACACACGCUCUUACCACAGCGCAGACUGCGACACGGACCACUCCCUGGUGUGCUGCAAGAUCAGGCUGACACCAAAGAGAUUCCACUGCUCUAAGCAGCAAGGGAACCUCCGAAUCGACGUCAACAAGAUGUCACAGCCUGACCUCGUUCAGCAAUUCGCAGAGACCUUCGAGAGCAAAUACGAGACUCCCCCACCUGCAUCUGCCACAGAGAAGUGGAAAGUCUUGCGCGACACCAUCCACAAAACAGACCUGGCUACCUUUGGGAAGAAAACAUCAAAGUCACACGACUGGUUUGAAGUCAUAUUGACAGAGAUGAAUCCCGUUAUCGAAGCCAAGAGGGCCGCACGCGCAGAGUACAAGGAAAUGCCAAGUGAAAGGAAUCUGCAACCUCUCCGAUCAGCCAGAAGCAAGGCCCAGCGAACAUCAAGGCAAUGCGCAAACAAAUACUGGACAGAGCUCAGCCAGACAAUCCAAACAGUUUCUGCACUUGGCAACAUCAGGGGGAUGUAUGAAGGCAUAAAGACACAUCCCCCAGACCUCAUCAAGCGCUGCAAGGACACCCUACUGCAACCACUGCAUGAACUCCUCUACCAAUGCUGGGAGGAGGGUGCUUUCCCACAGGACAUGCGAGAUGCCAAGAUCGUCACUCUGUACAAGAACAAAGGAGAGAGAAGUGACUGCAACAACUACAGAGGCAUUUCCCUUCUCAUCAUUGUCGGCAAAGUGUAUACACGGGUCCUCCUGGCCCGAUUACAGAAGCUGGCUGAACGAGUCUACCCAGAAUCUCAAUGCGGCUUCCGGGCCAAGCGAUCAACGAUAGACAUGGUCUUCUCACUCCGACAACUGCAAGAGAAGUGCAUAGAACAGAAACAGCCUCUGUACCUUGCAUUCAUCGACCUCACUAAAGCCUUCGAUCUCGUGAACAGAGACGGCCUCUUCAAGGCCCUCGAGAAGAUUGGCUGCCCCCCAAAACUGCAUAGCCUGAUCAAAUCCUUCCACACAAACAUGAAGUGGACCUUUCAGUUCAAUGACAUUCGCGGUGGAGUCAAACAAGGCUGUGUCCUUGCCCUGACCCUCUUUGGAAUCUUCUUUGCACUUGUCUUAAGGCACGCCUUCAGCGCAUCUCAAGAUGGGAUCUAUCUCCGCACCAGAUCAGACAGCAGACUGUUCAACCUUGCCCGCCUGCGAGCCAAGACGAAAGUCCGCGAGGCCAUCAUCAGAGACUUGCUUUUCGCAGACGACGCUGUAGUGGCUGCGCACACGCAGGAAGAGCUGCAGUCACUGGUGGACCGCUUCCCCAGAGCCUUCAUCACCAUCGACGACUACGAGCUGGAGGUUGUCUACCAGUUCACCUACCUCGGGUCCACGAUUGACAGGAGGAUUGGGAAAGUCGCUGAACUGACCGUGAAGACGAAGAUGGCUGUCUACAACGCCUGCGUCCUCAACACCUUGCUCUACAGCAGCGAAACGUGGACCACCUACAGCACACUCCGCUGGCUGGGCCACGUGCGCCGCAUGGAGGUUGGCCGCAUACCAAAAGACAUCCUCUACGGGGAGCUCACCACUGGGAAACGAAGCAUCGGACGUCCCCAGCUGAGAUUCAAGGACAUGUGCAAGAGGGAUAUGAAAGCGCUCGACAUUAACACAGACACUUGGGAAGACCUCGCUUCAGACCGCUCCAGCUGGAGAAGCACACUCCAUGAAAAACUGCAGGCUGGCGAGGGCAAACUGGCAGAAGCUGAAGCAGAAAAGCGAACACGCAGAAAGGAGGCUGAAGCAAACAGACUCACAAUGCCUUGCACAGCAACAGACAGACAAGAAACAAUACACACAUGCGACUCUUGUGGUAGAGUCUACCAUUCUCGUAUUGGUCUAUUCAGCCACAGGAGGCGAUGCACAAACUUGUAG